AUGCCUCGUCGUCUUCGUCGGCAGCGUAUGCUGAUCUCCAUCGGCACCCAGGCUGCCAUCCAGGCAGUCCAAAACCCACAGCGGCCGUCUGGCCAGUACGUGCUUGGACUGAUAUACGACCACGUACGAGCUAUCCGGUCGCAAAACCCUCAAAAUCCAACAACUGUCACCGUCAGGUGGAUCCCUGCACACGUUGGUGUGAACGGUAACGAGUAUGCUGAUAGCGAAGCAAAAAGUGCUGCGCUUCUUGGUGCGGGGAUGGGAGUUGCGACCGGGAGCGGGACGGGAGAACCGAUUAUCCGCCUCGCCGCAGCUGCUAAGAGAGCGGUACAUCAGCGAAUCAGAGAGCGAUGGGAGCGGCAGUGGGAGCGCGAGAAGACUUCCGGGCCGACAAAACGCUUGGUGCAAGCGCCGAACAAGAAGACACUCCGACUGUACGAGGGACUGACGAAGCCGCAGUGUGCAAUCCUGAUUCAGAUGCGCACAAUGCGGAUCGGACUGAGACACUUCUUGUUCAAGAUCAAGGCGGCAGAGUCCGACCGGUGUCCAUGCGACGAGGGCUCGCAGACGCCAAAACACAUCCUGAGGCAGUGCCCGCGGUACAUCAUCCCGCGCACGAAAUUAUGGGACCGGUUGUAUGAUCUCGGCAUCGAGAUGGAUUACGACAAGAUCAUUUCAAACCCGCAGGCCACCCGCUACGUGGUCAAAUUCAUGCACCAAACAGGCCUUCUCCAGCAGUUUCAACAUGUUGAGAUCGAGGACGACAACGAACCGGUAGGCCUUGCGGCAAUGGAGCUAGGUGUGGAAGACGAUGGGUAUUAG